GGCAACGGUACUCCCAGCAGCUGCUUCCACUGGUCUCUGCUGGUAUCAUGAAACUUCCUCUAUUGUGUGCGCUGCUGGUAAUCACUGGUGUGAUUCCAACCCAGAGUGGGAUCCUGAACCUGAACAAGAUGAUCAAACAAGUGACCGGGAAGAUACCCUUCAUCUCCUAUUGGUUCUACGGCUGUCACUGCGGACUUGGUGGCAAAGGCCAACCCAAAGAUGCCACCGACUGGUGCUGCAGGAACCAUGACUGCUGUUACGCCAGCUUGAAGAACAGUAAAUGCCGUUUCAUCACUGACAAUUACAGAUACAACUUCUCCCACGGGAAAAUCCAGUGCUCAGACAAGGGGAGCUGGUGUGAGAAGCAGCUGUGUGCCUGUGACAAGGAGAUGGCUUUGUGCGUGCAGAAAAACCUGGAUACCUACAAGAAGAGCCUGCGUUACUACUGGCGGCCCCGCUGUCGGGGCCAGACCCCACGGUGCUAGGAGAAGUCCUCCCGCUCUGCCCUGUCUAUCCCCACACACCACCCACUCCGUUCCUCCGUCAUCUUGAGCUCUGGAAGCUCCACAGGAUUGCUGACACCCCCACUCAGUACUUAACUGCCACCCACCAGCCUGGUUCCUUUAAAACACUCCCUGGUUGAUCAUAAUUAAUGUCACUGAACUGCACAUGUAAAGGUUGUUGAAAUGGCAAAUGUUUUGUUACAUAUAUAUUUACCACAAUUAAAAAAAAGAUCAGCCAAUUACACAAUGUAAACUUUAUUUGAAUCUUGAUUCAAACAAAUUAUAAAAAUAAAAAUAUUUUGACAU